CAAGUGUCGCACUCCGCUUAGCGGCCACCGUCUACAUUACUGCGGCAAAUCUGAUUAUCCACUUAACGGGUAAAUUGGCUUAUUGCCAAUACAGUUAGCCUCGGUUAGUGCUUACACUUUAAAAGAUAUACUGUUAGGUAGAAAUGGGAUAAUUUAGUGAGAGGGCAGACAUUAGACAGGCCUCCCUGCUACAGUGAAACCCUCUUGGAUGCCCGGUGACGUAUCCGCCGCUCCGCCGUCUCUCCUGGAGGUUUUCCGCUUCCUCGGCAGAACAGUUGGCGCAGGCGCGGCACUGACAGCUGCUGUCUACUUACUCCGCAAAGUCUGCUUAAUAAUGGCCUGGAAAUCUGGAGGAGCCAGUCACGCAGAGCUUGUCAACAACCUCCGCAGUAAGUACGGAUUUUUUUCUUCCAUUAUUCAGCGACAGCACCAAUGUAUUCACUGACAGGUCUCCCGUUAAUGGUUCGGUUCAGGCAAGGGGGAGGGCUGGAGCGAGCGGCGGAGCGGUUGCUCGCUAGCUGGUUGCUAAGCUAUAUGUUGUGGUUGACCUAGCGUUACCUCUCUCCACCCCUUUCUCAAAGCAUGUUUACUUCUAGGAUCAGGUGCAUGCUUCAGCUGCUGCAAAAAGCGCACUUCAUUCUUGUGUUUAGACUUAGAUAAUUUAUCCGCUUCAGUUUUGUGUCAGGUACAUUUAGCCUGCUAGCUCUAUGUGCGUCAUUUGGGACGUUGCUAGCUUUAGCAUUGCUGUUAAGAGCCCAGCCCACAUCCAUUGAUGGCUAUCUCUAAACAAUCCUCUUUAGUUGUAGGUGAAUGACAGUGACAGCUGGAUACGUGGGCUGAUUUCUACAGUGCCUUUGUCAGCAGGUGAUUGAAACUCACAUCAGCUGUGUCACAGUGGCGGUUUAUUUUUUGAGUCUAGCGGGUCCCCCUAAAAAGGGCAAUGACUCAGUAUACUACCUCAAUAGACUGCUGUUAUUAGGUGCGAAGUUCACAUUCAACGAUGCAACAUAGUUUAUUCUGAAGUCAAACAGUAGUGCAUUUGAAGGUUAAGCGGGAAACUCCGUAUUUGAAGGCCACUGACGCUGGUCAUGUUUCCAGACUUGGAUGACAUCAAAUGUGAUGAUACCUGCAGACCAGGGUGCAUGUCCACCCUCAGUGUUAAGUAUCUACCAGGGCUAUUUAUAUUCAAUGCAAUGCAAACUGAUCGCUUUGCUUCAGGCUUUUUGUCCAAAGCCGUAGGGUAAAGGGACAGUGAUCAGUCAUGCUCUAUUUGGUUGUAUGGAGAGCACGGUUUGCACAUUGUCCUGCUUUCAUUGCUGCGGGUGUUUGAUUCAGUUGACUGUCAAGCCUUUUGUGCAAUAACCAUAAAACCUUAGUUAUCUGCAUGCACUUCAUGAAAUGCAGGGUAAAUCUUUGUUAACAUAAAGGGUGGGUGAUAUGGCAUAAAAUAACACAGCAUGUUUUUUAUGGCAGAGCCACAAUCUUGACUUUUUGUCAUGCUUAUUCUUGAUUCUACCCAGUAAGACUAAAAUAAUUUAUUUAUUCAGAAAUAUAAUCAUCAAAGGAAAAGAAUAAAAGACCAGUCAAGCCACAGUAUGUUCACAAAGAUCUAAUCUGCGUUUGUAAUUUGAUUAAGUAGUGCCAGGAAUAGUUGAUAAUAAACAAGAAUGUUGUUAAAGUUCAAUCGCUGUCAGACAAUUUUAACUCAAUUCAAAACUUAACAUUGCUUAGAAAAGUUAAACAACAUUUUUCAAGCAUGCAUAUCAGUCUAUUUGGUUCUCCAUGUUUCCGAGGCUGCUUUUAGUAUGUUACAGUUUAAUAAUAAAUGCAUGACACUCUGCAUAAAUUUCAUAUUGCUUCACAUUUCACUCAGGAUGAAUUUAUUUUUUUGAACACAGAAUCAGACUAUCUUUCUUUUUACCGUCUUUGCAGAGCACUGUGUGUAAUCUUACACAAACGCAUAGAGUCUGCAGCUGUGUUUCACACGAUUUAUCUCCAAACUAAGAAUUCACAGGAAACAUUUAUGUAUUUUCAUACUUAGUACAGCUUGGCAGUAGGUUGGAUUUAUUCUGCAUAGUGGAUGUGCCAGUUGUUUAGCCUAUUGUCUGCUUCAGGGCACUCUAUGCACAUUUCAUGAUGUCAACAUCCGCCUGUGUUUGAUUUUGAAACUGCAAUAGAUGACCACAAUUUGUAGUCUUGGACUUGCUCCAAACCUUCACAAGCUAAAGACAUCUUAUGGCGCACCAUUAAUUAUCAUGAAACAAGUAUUUAAUCACAGCCCGUUAGAUCUAGUUAAGCAAUAGCCUCUUUAUAUUUGUGCCAGUUUUGCAAAUAUAGUUCUCUCAAGCCCUAAAGUCAAACCACGAUGUUGAUGUUUAGUAUUCCCACGUCAUUUGUCUGUGAAGUGGUAAUUAAUUUGAUCUGAGCACUUUUACUGGACAAUGACCCACAAAGACACAUGCCUAGUUUCAGUUGGCCCAUCAGUCUGCAGAAGCUGGAUUUAAGCAGGUCACACUCAGGAUGAAUGCUAAUUCAUGGCCUUUUUUGUAUUUAUUGUGUCCUAUUGAUGAGUUCUCAGCACAGGCUGCAAUAGGGAACCCACUUGCUUCAUGAAUUUUUAACAGUCAAUAUGCACUUAUGUGAGGUAGGAAAAUCUAAUGUGUCAGCACAAUCAAAACAAAGGGAGGUGUUGAGCUUAAGAACAACAUCAACUCUGCGUAAGUUUCCUGGGGCUUGAAAAAGGUGAUUUUGAAAUCUGAAGAAAAAAAAGUUGUUGAAAUCUUCCUUUAUUUCCGUAUCAGAAAUCAGGAGAUGGACUCCACCUGGCAGCCUCUAUGGGUCAUUUGUAAUGUAUCCUAAAGCAGCACAUAGCUCUGAGGGGGAGCACAGUCGGUAAUGAGAGCAGCGCCGGCUGUCGUUGGCUCUUCCUGCUUUGCACCAGCUGCUGCAGGAACCUGUUAAGGGGGAUUAUUCAGAAGACAGUAACACUUUUGUGGACAGGUGUUUUUUGUUGUUGUUUUUUUUUAACUUAAGGUCUGUAGACAUUGUGAGUUUGACCUCUGACAAACUGUCUAUGUCAGUCAAACUCAUGCUGCAGCUCUUGUCUUAAUUCUACAUGCUUCAUUAUAGACUGCUUUUCUGUGACAGUAUUUAGGAGUUGCAACUUCCAUUAGAUUCAUGCAGUUUAUCAUUCCAAGAUUAAUCUACACAAAAUCUGUGAAUGUGGAUAUUGUAAGUUUUCACCAAAUUGAUUAGAAAUGUGUAACUGAUAGAGGCUAGAAUCUUUAUUUUGGGUUGAUCAGGUUGUGGAAUAAUGUACAGUCAGGUAAAAAAGGUUCAAGCAAUAAUAGGUUCAAUUAUAAAAAUGAAACCUGCUUCACUGCAUUGACAAAAAAGCAGACCCUUAAAAAUUUUCUACAAGGAAGUCAGGCUCAUUUAUUUCGAAAAGUACCCUCAAAACACUCUCAUUGAUGCAGGGAUCAAUAGCAGCUGGGGUUGCAGACCAACUCUCCAGGUAGAUGCUGUCAAAUCACCCACCACAACAAACACAUUUUGGUUGUGUAACAGUAUCCCUCUGCUAACUCUGUCCCCAUAUUCGACGUCUUCUUCUUUUAUGUAUCUCUCUCUUUGCAUCUGCUGCACCAUUAUGUAACACUUUUUUUUCUGUGUUUGUACUUGCUCAUGUUUCCAUAAUACACAGUGACACUGUGUCUUUUGCAUCCACAGAAAAUGGCAUUAUCAAAUCCGACAAGGUCUAUGAAGUCAUGCUGGCCACAGACCGAGCUCAUUUCUCUAGGUGUAAUCCCUACAUGGACUCUCCACAGUCAAUAGGUAACGUGUGCUCAUGUUAUCACUCACAUCUCACUGCAGAGUCUGAAACACAGUCAGUUACAGUCGGAGGAGUAAACUGAUCAAAAUCUCUGCUUCUUUCUUUUUUUCUUUCUUUUGAUCCAAAAGGAUUUCAAGCUACCAUCAGCGCCCCACACAUGGUAGGACGUGUUUAUUUUUAUUUUUUUUGCUUGUUCCUCACAUGAAAGUGGACAACACAAUUUGUACAUGCACACUACAUUUUCAAAUCAGCACCUCCAUGAUUGGAAAGGAGCAGCAAGAAGAGAACAGAUUCUUCUAUGUGCCUGCCCCUUACUUGAACAGUAAAAACAAAAGAAAAGAUGGUCUGAAGUUGAAUUUGAAUAGCCAACACAAACAACACUUUGAUUAUGACAACAAAACAAUUAAUCAAAACUAAUACAAGAGAAUAAAUCAAAUAAAUUAAUAUAUACUUUUACCAGCUCAAAUCAAAUGAUCAUUAACAUCUUAACUUGAAAGCACACUCAGACAUUUCUGCUUCCUGCGAAGUGUUUUUUGUUUUGCAAAGCUGGCUCCUUUUCAGACCUUCUUCCUGAAUCUUGACUGUUUCAAAACAUUGAAAAUUAAACUUAAAUACCAAAAGACAGAAAAGAUGUAUUGUGAAGUGGGUAAGCUAGCUAGUCAGUAAAAUGUGGGGUUAAUAUGAUUCGCAAACCCUCCAAAUCUGUGUCUCUCCUUUUAGAAACUGUAGUCAUAAAUGUCAAAGGAGACAGUAGUUAUCAAAAUUUACAAUUUUUUUUUUUUUUAUUGAUGUAGAAGAAACUGAGUCUGUUGAACCGGCUCCAGAUGUCUCAUUUUGAGUCACUAAAUUGAGUUAAACUGACUCUAAACAAAAGAGCAGAUCAUAACAGAAGACUCAUAAAAAAUUUUCUUUUUCAAGCUGUUUCUUUGUAGAGUUUGAGGCAUCAAUAAACAUUUUUAUAGAUGUUGAAAGAAUUGAGAUUAUAAAGUGCUGUAAUGUCGUUGGUUUUACUGAAUGGUAGCCAGUGUUAGUGCUGUAGUAAGUAGUAAUGCAGUUUCCCUGUUGAUGUCCUCUUCAUGCAGCACGCUUACGCCCUGGAGCUUCUACACGACCAGCUGUAUGAGGGAGCCAAAGCUCUGGACGUCGGCUCUGGCAGUGGGAUCCUCUGUGCUUGCUUUGCACGAAUGGUGAGCCACUCAUGACGGGUAAUCACACACUUCUCUCUGGUGGUAUCCUGACUGAUCAGACUGGUUUUUAAUCAGCAGUUCUUCAGCAAAUCCACAGAAAAUGAGACCAAAAACUUCCUGAGUGUCACUCUGACUCUUUCUCCUCCUCUUUGCUCUGUGUUUCACAGGUCGGUCCUAAAGGGAAAGUCAUAGGUAUUGAUCACAUUAAAGAGCUGGUAGAUGAUUCUGUAACCAAUGUGAAGAAAGACGACCCCAGUCUGAUAACAUCGGGAAGAAUCAAGCUUCUAGGUAAGGUGCCUUUUCAUGGGUCUCGUCAUAUAAAAAUUCAUUGUUGAACUCAGUCUUUAGUCUGUUGAGUUUAUUUUUAGCGGUGAACUGAACCUACAAAAAAAAAAAAAGCUGAGUGGACUGAGUAGUGCAGCUCUAAAUAAUUGAGCAGUGAGUCCCUCUUUUCACCCUCUUUGCAGGAGGCUGGAAGUGUUUGAUUCACGGCUUCUGUCCUUGUUCUGUUAGAGUUAAUGUCAAAAUGAGGCACGUUUGCUGUUUUUGACAGAUUGUUAGUGUGGGCUGGAAAACAAAGCUGUUCAUAACAGGUCCAAGAGUUCUCUCUUGUGAUCUCUUCUCAGCCCAGGGAAAAUUUUAUUUUGUCAGUUAUUUUGGUCAUGGAUCAUGUAAAAAUAGUCAAACCUUUGCUGGAUACUGUUUAAAAUGAGACAUUGAAUCAGUUUUGAUACAUAAGAAAUAGUAUAAGGCAUACUGCUAUUGAAAAGAAAUUAUAUGAGACAACAAGGAGUGAGUGAACAGUGUAACACAUUUCAUUGACUGUGUGCCAGAUUAUUUAAAACACAAACUGUAAAUAAAAGAGUAAAGAGGCAGAUUUUACUCACUCAGAAGCUACAAACAUGUACUUGUUUUUCACCUCUGUUGUCUCUUUUUUUAUGCAUAUACUAAAGUUACAAUUAAGGCUAAACUGAAUCAAGUUUCAAACAGUUGGAACCUCCUCAUGGAGGUUUUUGUUUUGGUCAGAGAAGAGUCAGUGCAGUCUGGCUUUAAAAAAAGUCCCUGUGCUGGAUAAAUUCUGACUUGGCAAACAUUUUACUCAUAUGACUCUGAAGCAUGCCGUACAUUUUAUUCCAUCAGCCAAAAACACUGACAGCACCAGCAGACUGCAACAGAAACACAAACAAACUUGAGGACCUCUGUAGACUUAAUCUUCGUGAGAUUAGUCUCUAGAGCCCCUUUCACACAUGCACAAAGUUCAAAAAGAAAUUUUCUGUACUUUUGCCGGUGAGCUGUAAGUGUGAGAAGAAGCAGCCAACAAAAACUAUAACUAUAAUUGUUAAUAACUAUACAGAAAAACUAAACUGUGUGUUUGUGUGUGUUUCAGUGGGAGAUGGGCGAUUGGGCCACCCUGAAGAGGCACCAUAUGAUGCCAUCCAUGUUGGUGCAGCAGCACCUACUGUCCCACAAGCUGUGAGUUUGUGCACACUCACAGAGCUGAUGAUGGAGGUCACAUUGUUCUAAUUCACUUGAAUGCCAACGCUUUGAAAAGAGAGAGAGACGAUUUAAUGUGAUUUUCAGUUUGCUGGAUCAAAAUGUCCUUUCAAUCCCGCUGAGCACUCUUUAUUUGUAUCUCUGUGGCUCUUAAUGUUUUUCAGCUGCUGGACCAGUUGAAGCCUGGCGGCCGGCUCAUUCUGCCCGUCGGCCCGUCGGGGGGAAACCAGAUGCUUGAGCAGUACGACAAGAUGGAGGACGGCAGCACCAAAAUGAAACCCUUGAUGGGGGUGAUUUAUGUGCCUUUAACAGACAAAGAAAAGCAGUGGUCCAGGUGGAAGUGACUUCCUUCUCCCCCCUCCUCCCCCUCUCUCCUUCUCACAGUGGCAAAGGUGAAACGGUUUGGCUUGGAGCAGGCAAUGGAUCACAAGGGGCUGCAUUUUGCUGCUUGUUGACAUUUGUUGCUUCUUCCAUACCAUACCGAAAAGCUGCACGUUUCGUUCCUCAUUUUUUAACUCUGUAGUUCCAAUUUGGUUUAAUAAUAGACAUGCCUGACGACUAAAAACUGUAGUUGUUGUUGAAUCUAAAAAAUUAAGUAACUGGAAUAGCAGCUUUUUUAAUACGAGAGCAUGAAAACAUUGUAGUUCAGAUUCUAAUAAUUUAAUAUUAUAACUGUAUGGAAGCCCCUAGAAGCCAGUGAGAAAAAAAAGUAGUGAUUCAUGUUUUACAUCUCAUAUUACCCACAAUCCUGUGUGAAUUAAUUGGUUACAGUCAAAGCGCAUACUGUGUAUUUUUAUUUAUUAUCAUGUGGAACAGAUGGGUGGAGUUUUAGCAGAAGUUUAAAAGUACUAAAGACGCAAAUAUUUUAUUUUACUUUUUUCCCCUGGCUGAUACUUUUUCCUCAUAUCUUUUUAAAGGUAAAAAAAAUCUGAUUUAAAAAAGUGGUCUGUUGAGCAUUUUUUCAUCAAUUUUUUCAUCUUUUUAAACAAAAUGUAGAAAAAAUAAGAAUGUAAAAUCCCCGGAGCAUUUCAUUGAUUUCAAGUUGUUCUUAUUCUUUUUUUUCCCAUCUGUUCAACAAAUAAAAAAAGUUAUUGAGAAAAAAAAUUCUCAUUUCUACCAACUCCUGCGAAGACUUUCAUUAACAUGUAACAAAAAAACGAUGUAGAUGUUUGUCUUUUUCUCUUACCAGAUCUUUUUGCCACCUCUAAGUAAACAUAGAAAACACAACUUUAAAAAAAAACCUCACAGAACACUUUUUAUAUCUGUUGACAUUUUUUUCUCACUAUUUUUUACAAAUAAGAUAAAUAAGUAAAUUAGCAGAAAAGUUCCAGGUGAACUUCAUCCCAUGUUAGCUGGUGAAAAAAAUAUAUGAAAUUUGAAAUUGAUUUUUAAAUAAUGAGCAAUGAAUAAAUAAAACAAAGAAAUUUCCACCGUUUAAGAGUUAAACAAAAAGGGACUUUAUCAGGAUUAACUUUUUGUCCACAUGCUAACUUUUUUUUGGAUUACUUUUUAUUAUGCAAGACAAACUGAAGAACAGCGCUUACCAGACUAUAUCUCAUUGUCUUGAGUGAGAAACAGACUGAUUUUUCCUCUUGUCUCUCUGGGCUUCCGUAUAACCUCCAUUUUUCUGUUUGAGAUGUAGACAGAAACCAGUAACUUUUUGGGUUUGACUGUGAGAACUCUUCUGCAUGUGGUUUCCACUCUUCUUUAAAUCUUGCAUGACCAGAUACCUGGCGUGUUCAUCUCUCAGCUCUCCUAACUGUUUUAACCUCUGUCUCCUCACAGGGAUGAACUCUGAAGAGGAAGACGGUCCAUAACACAUCUUUACGUUUGAACCUGGAGAAAACUCGGAUGGGGUCGGACAGCCCUUGGCAUUUAAACAAAACAUGCUCUUUUUGUUUUAAGUCUACGGUGGACUUGUGUAUCACAUUGAUGACGGCCCAGAGGGGCCAGGGAAGAAAGACUGCUUGAAGCUCAGCUCAGAAAUACUUUUGUUUUUCUUUCCAGGCCUGCAUCUUCUUGGUUGUUUUUUAUUUUCAUCUGCUGGAUUUAUGGUUUUUUUUGUGGUUUCAAUAUAUUUUAAUUGCAAUCAAGCAUUUUUACAGUAUUACAUUUCAGCGGCAUCAAAGCUGAAUGUGUGAGGACUGCCGGACUCCAAUGAGGAAUCUUUCUAAUUCACCUAGCUACAACGCGUGUGUGUGUGCGUGUGUGGAUCAUCCGACUGUAGACUAACAUAUGAGCUUUCUUCCCUUAGCAGCAGUAUUAAAAUCAAUCACACACACUGGCGACACAUGGGCUGAUGUAACACUCAUCCUGUUUGAUGUGCAGCACUCUCACAUCAUUGACACAUAGAGUAAGACGUGGAUCAUGAACAUAUUCCAAAGAGAGCACCGACACACACUCUCACAUAUACAGGGCUGUGCUUCUCACCUGGUGAUGUGUUGCUUUCUGCAGCUGAUUGGUUUUCCAUUUACGAUCUUGCGCAGGCUCUUCUGGUGACUGAUGCUCAAUGCGGUCGUCACUGCUUUGCCAAAAUAAACUCCAACAGUACAAAGCAAAAUGAAUGUCUGUUUUCUUGCAGUAAAAAAAAAGCACAUUUUAUUUUGGAUGAUGAAUGAUAUUUGGCUUUCACGGUGUCUGGAACUCAUAAAAAAUAAAGAGAUGCUUAUGUUUUUGUCUGC